UUCUACUAUCUCUAUCGCUUGGAACGGCGGACAAAGCUCCGGCACCUCCGACAUCGACGCGUGUGAAUUACUGUUCUGAUGAUUGGGCUAGUCCGCUGACUAGAACGGUAGCGUUAAUAAUCCACAUAUCCAUCGCGAACCAAGUUGGAAAAAUAAGAUCGGCUAAACGAUGGGAUCCGUAUCUCAUCAGAAGAUAUCAACGCGUUUGAUCAUCUUCUUGAUGUUGGCGGCAGGUACCGGUCUCGAACCGGGCAGAGUGGCUGCAAUAACCAUUACAACGACGGACGCCAUGCUGGAAUCGACACAGACCACGAUCACGGCAGACCUGAUGCCCAGUUUGGACAACGAAUCGACGGUUAGUGAAAAAUCCGAUUUGAGUGAAGCGGAAACAAAGGAUCCUCAAAAGCUGGAAAUUAUCAAACAGAUUCGGAGGAUCAACAACGAUGGAUCCUACACGGUGGGGUACGAAGCGGAGGACGGUACGUUUAAAAUUGAAAGUCGCGACGUUCUGGGGAACGUCAAAGGAACUUAUGGGUACAUUGAUGAGAAUGGAGAAAUUCAAAGAGUGUCAUACAACGCACAUAACAACACCGGGGUCAUCAAAUCAGUGGAUCCUCCGCCAGUAACAGAAGAUGUGGUUCACAUACCACCUAGAUUCAACCGAAGUCAUAUUGGAGCUCCCACAACGAGAAGGCCUGCAUCGUAUCAUUCAAGUACCCCUGCUCCUCAACGGACAAGUGUAAUCCAAACUAUUCCACGGAAGCGGCCACACAUGACUACAACAACGGAGAAACCUUCGUCGCGAAUGGCAGAUACUACAACCUCCUAUGAACCAACAACAGCUUCCAGUCACAGCACAUCGAUUCAAACCCCAAAGCCAUUGCUGAUAAUUCGACCAACUCCAUUGCCACUUACUGCAAAAACUAUUGAACAAUUGGCGAGGCCGGAGAAAUUGGAAAGUGAGCACAUAUCUAAGAUCUAUCCAAAGGUUCUACAGUUUAGGCCGAAAGAACCAGAGAAAAAAGCUGUCAGAGGUAAUUUUUUGCGGCGACAACUUCCCCAAGAAUCUGAAGAACAGUUUGAAGCCCAGCCGCAAAUCGUCUAUGGCCAAUCUGCUGGCGAAGAGAUUGCCAAUCUUUUCUCAGCCACCCCACCUGGGCUGAGACCAAUUUAUACAACCACUCCGUCACCUAGAAUUCCGGCUGCAGUGCUGGCAGCUCGACAAAGAGCGGCUCAAAUUCAAAAUUUAAUUACCAGUGAAAGACCAACAACCACCACUGAACGAGUGUACGCCAAACCACCGCGUAAACAGGAGCCAGCUCCCGUGAUGUACGAGCCUGCAACAGAGUCUACGUCCGAAAACAGUUAUGUCACAGACAUGCCAGUGUCGGUGGUACAGAUUCCAGCGAACUCAAAUCGUGAAGUUACGGAAGCUGCUGAAGACGAAAGAAGGGUCUACAGGCAAAGACCAAUCGAGUUUAGACCCCGUGAGGGAUAUAGAUUUCUUCCGGCUCAAGAUCGUCCUGAAAGGUAUCGAGUUCCACUCGGAAUCCCACCACAAGGUCGACCAUUCCCUGCCCCAGAACAGCAACAAUAUUUACGGGAACCAACACAACACCCAGGUCGAGGGCAGGCAAUUACACCCGAGAAUUAUCCAGCCGAGGAUGAGAUAAACAGCGUGGCUUACAGGCAACAACGGCGACCUCAAGGUCCUCCUCCUGCUCCGUACACCCAAACCCAGCAGGAAGCACCCGUCAGCAGUAUACCAAAUGGGCACAGCUACCCUCAGCAGUCCUACCCCGUUCCGUUCUCCUACAACCCAUACCGUAAUCCAUACCAAUCACCCGUCAGCCCUUACUACGACUUUCCCGACCGACCCCUGACGACUCGUGACUUCGAACGAAUUCUUCAAAUCCUUAUCUUCCGACACCAACAGAUUCAGCAACAGCAAGCACUACGCUUCGGUGGCUACUCUAACCCCUACUUUGGAGGUCCAUCCUACGCACCACCCUUCAUUCCCGGUCAGUACGCUGGCGCCGGCGGUUUCCCAGCACAAAUCCCUCGUCCACCCUUCUACAACGCUCCGCCAACCGGCGCCGGAUAUUACGAUCCCCGCUAUCAGAACCCUCUAUACAGUCCCUCAAACAGCAACCGCCAGUACUCCAGCACACGCGAUCAACCCUCCAACGAUUUCCAACAAUCCCAGCAGGAGCCGCAACCAGCCUACGGCCAACGGAGGCGAACGUACGUCCCCCGGUUCCCGGAACCCGAAUACCAGGGAUCGUCCGGAGCGGCCGGUGGUGCCUUCCAGCCCGAGCUGCUGCCCCCGGACGUACGGGAGGAGCUACUCUACCGGAUGCUUAUGCUGGCGAUUCAGCCGGACUCGGGAGCAGCAGCAGCGCCGCCGCCAACGGCCCUGCACGCCAAUCUGAUCCCGGCCGGAUCGGUCCCGCGACCACAGACGACAUCGUCCGCACCCAGCUACAGCAAGAAACCGGUGCGCAGUGUACAAAUCCUGGGCGAGGAGUAGGCCAUUAUUGGUGAAACCGACUGUAUGUAUUACUUGAAAGUAUUUCGAAUCUUGUUUUUGUUUUUUCGUUUUCGUUCUGUAAUAUUUCUUGUCGAUACUGUAGAUAAGACUAAGGGGGCUGAUCGACUCCUGCAAUUUCUUGUUUAGAAUAGUGAGAUUCAUAGGUAUUAGGAACAAUAAAACCCAAAGAUUUUGUAAUGAAGAA